GAAAAUUUUUGUUUUUAGUAAUUUGAGUACUGUUACUGUACUUUUCAGUUUUCACCGUCUCUUUUGACGUUUUUUACUAAAUUUCACACAUUUCACACUUGGAGAUGGCUCUGUGUAUCGGAAUUAUGGGUGCAGAGAAUCAGCCGCUGCUGAUCAAAAUCAGCUCCUCCAUCCAGGAGCCCAUUAAAUUCCACUAUCUCCUCCAUUCGGCUCUGGACGUCGUGGAAGAGAAAACACAGCCAUCGCAGAAAACUCCCGGUUCAAUAUCGUCGGGAGACCUGCGCGAUCUCUAUUUGGGCUUGCUGUACCCAUCUUCUGAUGAAGUCAGAGUCUAUGCCUACUGUACCUGCACAAAAACUAAGAUGAUCCUGGUGGUUGAAUCGGCCAAUACCGCACUGAGGGAGAAUGAGAUACGCGCCUUGUUCCGUCGGUUGCACGUUGCCUAUGCGAAUAUGGUAAUGAAUCCCUUUUACGAACUGGGACAGCCCAUCAGUUCCAAGUCAUUCCAUGAGUUUGUGGAGACAAUGAUAAAAAGCUGAAACACCCAAAAGGGAGUACAAGCUUUUCUGUGAUAGAUUUCUCUUUGGUACACAUUAUUUCAUCGCAGCUUUUAUACUUCUAUUGCGUUUUCUUCGCAACGCCGAUUUAUUAUAGUAAAAAUUGUGUUUUGUAUUUCUGUAUUGUAUUUUUACGUCGCCAUUAAGUUAGAUAAGUAUAUUCGUAAUUCGCAUAUUCAGCAAUACCGUCGGUGGUGCAAAACGAAGUCAAAUGAUGUAUUGUGGCAAAUUAAAGCUAAAGGUUGCAUUUGUCA